UGUUUAAAUUGAGCGUAAGAAAACUGUGUGUGUGUGUGUUAAAACAUCGUGGUAACCCUUCGGUAUUGGUACACGACGUCAUUCACCCACAUAACUUUCCCUCAUGAUGACAGAUAAAAAGUCUAGGCUGAAAAAGAGUGUGAAUGACCGUCGUCUCCUCACACCGACACUCUGUAGACCGAUAUCGAAGGAAUGUCUUGGUAAUUAAUGCCGUUGUAACAUUUGUGACGUAUAAAUUUUAAUUGCCAAUUUAAUUACAAAAUCUUUUAUGAACUCGGAGCGAUUCAAUAUUAUCACGUGGUAAUGUUGUUAUCACUGCUACUGCUUAAAAACCAAAGAAAUCUGUGACGCUGGUCAAUUGAUGUCUUACAGUACAGCGCUGAAAAAUAUUUUUACAACAGGUUGGAUGUAUUUCGCUACCUAACACUACGACAACUCGAAGAUGGCCACAGAAAAGGAGACGUCAAUAAAUCCUGUCGCAAAUGGCCAUUCAACAAACACCAAUGACCAGACUCAAGAAAGCAGCGUGCCAUUUAUCAGAAAACUUGCCUUUGGUUGUGGGCAUGUAUUUAAUGAUUUGGCUGCAUCCAUGUGGUUCUCUUAUUUAUUAAUUUACUUCAACAAAGUACUGAACUUUAAUAGUGUUUUGGCUGGCUAUCUCAUGCUUGCAGGACAGAUCUGUGAUGGACUAUCCACAACUUUUGUUGGAAUUGAAUCUGAUCGAAUAAAUGGAUGUUGUUUUUUAGGUAAAAGGAAAUCCUGGCAUCUAGUAGGUACUUUCUGUGUUCUUUUGAGCUUUCCUUUUAUCUUCAAUCCCUGCAUUACUUGUGACAAUGAGCCAGAUUCCAUACAACUAAUAUACUACAUAUCCUUCAUCCUGGUUUUUCAAUUUGGUUGGGCAAAUGUUCAGAUUUCCCAUCUGUCUCUCAUCCCAGAAUUGACCAAAAACAAACAUGAACGUGUGUCACUGAACAGUAUACGUUAUGCUUUUACAGUGCUAUCAAAUUUAGCAGUAUAUAUUAUAUUUUGGAUAAUAUUUAAUAUGAAUGUUGGUGAAAAGUUAGGAAGGAAAGAUAGUGGCAAGUUUGAGCUACUUGUAUUUAUAGUGACUGGAAUUGGAGUAUUUUUCUCCUUUACAUUUCAUAUUCUCUCCCCAGAGAAAAUGUACUCCACACCAGUUGCAGCAGAAAACAAGGAACAAGAAGGUUUAUUGUCAUGCACUCAAAGUAUAAUGACAUGGAAAGACUGGUGGUAUGAACCACAGUUUUACAUGAUAGCAGUCAUUUACAUGGCGACUCGACUUUUUUUAAACAUUUCCCAGAUAUAUUUACCCCUCUAUGUUCUCGACACUAUCCAACUAAAUAAGAAAUAUAUAGCCAUUGUUCCUCUUGUGGUUUAUAUAUUCAGUUUUUUAACCACAUUAAUUAUGAAGAUGGUUAAUUCAACUAUAGGAGCAAAGAUGACAUUUGUCAUUGGACUUAUCAUAUCACUGAGCUUCAGUAUCUGGAUUUUAUUUAUUCCAAUUAAUUCAAUGCAAGUUUUUGGUGCUGCUGCUUUUAAUGGUAUUGGAGGUUCAGUUAUACUUAUAACUUCUCUCUCUCUUACGACUGAAUUGAUUGCAACAAAUACAGAAUCUGCUGCCUUUGUUUAUGGAUCCUUAAGCUUAGUAGAUAAAUGUGCCAAUGGUAUUGCAGUGGUUGUUAUCCAACAUUUACUUGCUAUGAAUACAGGAAAUUGUUGUGGAGAUUGUUUGUGUGAUAAUCGACUGAUCUUGUUUGUUGUUCCUGGUGGAGCUGCAACAAUUGGCUUCAUUUUUCUCUGCUUACUUGGACCACAAAAGAUUGGAGUUCGGAAACGCACAACAUGGAAGCAGGAGUUAUUCAGAUAAAAGUUGUAUGUACCUUACACACAAAAUACACCAACUGAAUCAAGUAAUCCAAUCAAUAACCAGCAACCCAAUGUAUGAAGGAAGACACAACGUUUAAAGAAAAUAUAAAUGAAUGAUAGUUAUAUUUAAUACUUGGAGGGAUUGACAGAGGGUUGGGGAAUGUAACAACAACCAAAAAAGUAUAUAAUUCAAGAUUGCAACAGAUUCAGUUGAUUUUAAAGUUUUACAUUGGAAUAAUCUAUACAUUACUCAGUCAAUGAUAUUAUAAUCCAAUUGUAUUUAUCUUUGACAAAAAUUAUUUAUGUAUAUAUGUAUAAAUAUGUGUGUGUGUGUGCAUGUGUAUGCAUGUGAUAUUGAGUGUGUGUAUGUGUAUAUGUAUGUGUGGGAGUGAGUGUGUAUAUGUGUGUAUUUAAUGGCAGUUGGGCUCUAUUUAAUCUAGGGUUUUAAAUUAUUAGUGAAUUUACAUUUUUUAUGACUGCUAUAUCCUUCAUGUGUGUGUGUGUGUGCGCGCGCACAUGCACACUUGUGUGUUUAUUGUAUAUAUUAUUUGUAUUACACCUUUCAGUAUGUCUGCGAAGGAUAAACUUACUCUAAUAAUUUAAACCUUUCAUAUUGGAGUGGGACCUCAAUCAAUAUAAAGCAAAUUCCGAGCCACUUACCAAUCAUGUAUUUGUAUGAAAAUCUUAUUUUGCUGCCCUGCAAUUCAAAUCUUCCCUGUUUAUACUACAAAAAGAUAGUCCUUAAAA